ACAAAGUCGUGCCGUUUUUACACAGAAAAUCUACUCCUAACUAUCUGAAAUGUGAAGAGCACGCCCAUAAACACUGUGAAAUGUUCUGUGAAAAAUGUGACAUUCCUGUCUGUAUUACCUGCGUCACCUCUAUCAAGCAUGAAGGUCACAAAUUAUCAGAAUUUGUGGAAAAACUCAACGCUAAAACAGAAAGUUUACAAAAAGAUCUGGAAGAACUCGAGACCAGAAUUUACCCAAAAUAUGAAGAAAUGGCGUCCAAUGUCCAAACUGAAAAAGCCGAGUUAGAAACGAACUACGGAGAUCUAACAACAAUUGCCGAUCAACAAGGACAAAUCUUACACCGGGAGAUCACCGCCAUUGUCAACCGAUGGAAAUCUGAGAUUCAGGAGAUGAAAAACAAACACCUAUCUACCCUGAAUAAAAAUACAGACGAAAUCACACAGAAAAUUACUGAACUCAAACAGAUCAUUUCCGACUUGAAAUCAAUCCUAAAAUCAAAUGAAGGCUUUUUAACCUCUACUUACAAAUCUAGGAAUUCCGAAUUUAGAACAUUACCGCCUAAAGUCCGAGUUGCAGUACCAAGUUUUAUUGCUCAUAAAAUAAACAAAGAUCAGCUCAAUGAAAUGUUUGGUUCUCUGUCGCCAUUAUCCAUUAACACAGAACAUGGCGACACGAUGAAGUCAGCAAAAGUUGUAUCGUCUCCUCCAGUCAAACCACUGCUUGAUGAGCCGCGCCUCACCGCCACCAUAGACACUGGAUAUAAAUCAUACACACCAAGCAGUGUUAGCUGUCUGAGUGAAGAUCAAAUCUGGACAUGCGGGGAAAACGAAAUCAUGAAGCUCCUCAACCUCCAGAGUAAACUGCUUACAUCAAUACAUACCAAAUCAGGGAGAAUGCCAAUAGACAUAGCAGUGACACGGGGCGGAAAUCUUGUUUAUACUGACGAUAAUGAUGGAACUGUGAACUUAGUAAAGAAUAAACAGAUACAGACCCUGAUCACACUACAGGGGUGGGUACCUUUCUCUGUCUGCUGUACCGCCUCUGAUGAUCUCCUGGUUACCAUGAUCAGUGAUGAAAGAGAACAAUACAAAGUCGUGCGUUACUCCGGCUCCACAGAGACACAAACCAUUCAGUUUGAUGAUCAGGGUCGUCCUCUCUAUUCAUCUGAUGGUUAUAUAAGUGAGAACAGGAACCUGGAUAUCUGUGUGGCUGACCAGUCAGCUAGUGCAGUAGUGGUGGUCAAUCAGUCAGGAAAACUCCGAUUUAGAUACACUGGUCAUCCCUCCAAUACCGAGCAAUCAUUUACUCCAGUCGGCAUCACUACAGACAGCCAGAGUCACAUCCUGACAGCAGACUGGUACAUUCACCGUAUCCACAUCCUAGAUCAGGACGGACAGUUCCUCCGUUACAUUCACUGUGAUUUAGAGUAUCCAUACAGUUUAUGUAUGGAUAUCAGAGACAACCUCUUUGUGGCUGAGUGGUUCACUGCUAAAGUGAAGAAAAUCCAAUAUCUAUAAACACAGAGUUAAUUACAUAUUUCUACACAGUGUUAAUUACAUAUCUCUACACAGUGUUAAUUACAUAUAUCUACACAUUGUUAAUUAUACAGCUUAACAAAAUGUUAAUUACAUAUCUAAACACAGUGUUAAUAACAUAUAUCUACACAGUGUUAAUUACAUGUCUAAAACAUGUUCAUUGCGUGUAUUAAAAAACAGUGCUAUUUACAAUCGUUUCGUUACUUACGUCUGCCUGUUAAUUACAGUCAUGUGUAUAUCCCAGCAAGGUGUUUGUGAUGUGUAACAUGUACUUGUGUUGAUGAUGUGUAACAUCUAUUUGUGUUUGUGAUGUGUAACAUGUACUUGUGUUUGUGAUGUGUAACAUCUACUUGUGUUUGUGAUGUGUAACAUGUACUUGUGUUUGUGAUGUGGAACAUGUGUUUGUGUUUAUGAUUUGUAACUUGUGUUUGUGAUUUGUAACAUGUACUUGUGUUUGUGAUGUGUAACAUGUAAUGGUGUUUGUGAUGUGUAACAUGUACUUGUGAUGUGUAACAUGUAUUUGUGUUUGUGAUGUGUAACAUGUAUUUGUGUUUGUGAUGUGUAACAUGUACUUGUGAUGUGUAACAUGUACUUGUGUUUGUGAUGUGUAACAUGUACUUGUGUUUGUGAUGUGUAACAUGUAAUGGUGUUUGUAAUGUGUAAAAUGUACUUGUGAUGUGUAACAUGUAUUUGUGUUUGUGAUGUGUAACAUGUAUUUGUGUUUGUGGUGUGUAACAUACAUUUGUGAUUGUGAGUUUAACUGAUUGAACAUUAAUUUCUCACUGAUUUUUAUCAAUUAUAAUAUCUUACAAUAUCUUCUUUAUCCUUCAGUAUGGGUUGUGUAUCUCAAUAUCUACAUUUCCACAGUGUUUACCUUUGAUAUCUUUACAAUUUGUAAUGUGGAGCAUUUCCUCAUAGAUGUACUACACUUGUGAGCAAUGCACGUGUGAAUGUAGAAGUUCUAGAUAAAUAUAGUAUA